CUUACUACAUCUUAGAACCUCUGAGCAUCCUCCUCCACCAUUUCUCUCACAUUUCUGCGUACAGAGAGAGAAAUGGGUCCAAAGUAUCAACUUUUCUUGGCAAUUCAAUUUCUGGUGUUACUAUUCUUGCAGACCAAUGUCAUUUGCUAUCAGUUCAAAGUUGGAAAUAUGAAUGCUUGGGGAAUCCCAACUUCUGCAAAUCCUAAUGUCUACAUCAAUUGGGCCAAGAAAUAUCACCCAAAGAUCGGUGAUUCUCUCUUGUUUCUUUAUCCACCAAGUGAAGAUUCAGUUGUUCAAGUAACAGAGCAAUCUUUCAGAAGUUGCAAUCUUAAAGAUCCAAUCUUGUACAUGAACAAUGGUAAUUCUUUAUUCAACAUAACUUCAGAAGGUAGAUACUUUUUCACUAGUGGAGAACCUGGGCAUUGUGAAAAACGGCAGAAACUAGCAGUUUCGGUUUUAUUCGCAAACGGGUCUGCACUCCCUCCUUCAUAUGCACCAGAAGGAUCAGCGGCAGAUAGUUCUGCACCUUCUUACCCUACCGUAUUUGGUUCUGUCCCUUUGAAGUCGAUGUCUUCACCAGUUCCAGCUUUUUCGAGUAAAAUUGCAGCUGCCAUCGGGGUAAUAAUCUUUGCAGCAAUCAAUUACGCUAUGUAAAUCAGAGUUGCUCAAAUCUGAAAUUUUGUUUAUUAUUUGGACUGGAGUUUAUUUGGAAACUUCACUAGAUUUGGUACAAGGAUGUUAUUCUUUUCGGUCCCAAUAAUAAAAUUUACUAAAUUCUCAGCAA